AUGGAGCAAAAUCUGCCGUUGGUAGCGAAGAAAGCUUGGGGGAUCGUACGGGUGAUCUUCUUCAUGCUCCGAAGAGGCCUCAUCUCCAAGCGCAAGCUCCUCCUAGAUCUCAACAUGAUGAUGAAGCGCGGCAACAAGAUCGCCUCCAAGGCCAUCGGCAACCUCAUGUUCCACCACCACCACCACCACUCCGCCGCCGCCUCCUCCUCCGCCUCCGCCCCCAAUUCCCCACCGCCGAUGCCGGCCACCGAGUACGAGUUCAGCUGCAGCAACACCCCGACCCACCACCUCCCAACCUUCCACCUCCCCGCCACCCGCAACGGCUUCCUGUCCUGCGCAUUCCACGCGCCGCCCACCCGGGAGGACAACGAGAAGGAGCAAGAGGACACCGUCAACGCCGUCAGGAUGGCGCUGGAGAUCAUUAACGGCAGCAACAACAGCAAUGCGUACGCGCCGUCGCCGAUGCUGCCCGGGUUCGGGAAGAGCCCGAUGAGGGUGAGGCAGCUGAGGAUAACGGACUCGCCGUUCCCGUUGAGGGAGGAGGACGCCGGGGAUAACGGCGUCGUUGACAAGAAGGCCGACGAGUUCAUUGCCAACUUCUACAGGGAGCUUCAGAAGCAACGUGGGAUGGACUCCUGA